AUGGCCAGCUGCAGGCUAGGCUUUCUGCUGCUGCUGCUGCUGACCAUCCACCUUGGAUCCUCGAAGGCUCAGCACUGGUCCCAUGGCUGGUACCCUGGAGGAAAACGAGCGUCCAGCUCAGCCCAGCACCCCCAGCACGCCCCAAGGCUCCUAGGAAGGGUCCUGGGUACCCCAGCAAGCAGCCUAGACCAGACUGCCCAUGACCUCCCAAGCGAUGCCCUGGUUCCCCCCAAGAACAAUGUGCCCUGGGAGGGCAGAACCACAGGCUGGUGGCGUCUCCGCCGGAAGCAGCACCUGGUGCAGACACUGCUGGCAAAAACUUACCACCUAAUUAAAUCGGUGUGA